GGGUAUAAAAUAUAAUGCAAUGCCAAAUUUGUUCACAAUUCGUUGAAGGUGGUGCAAGGAUUAACAACCAGCAAAAUUAUCAAAAUGGCCGCUUGGGAAGGAAAGAAAUAUAAAUUUGAGAAGUCUGAAAACUUCGAUGAAUACUUGAAAGCCCUCGGAAUUAGUACAGAGAAUCGUCAAUCUGGUACCGAUGGAAACGCACCUGCUAGCUUGGUGAAAAAUGGAGACGAAUACGAAUAUAUAUCUACCACAGGGAGCGUUAUGAAGUUCAAACCUGGAGUAGAAUUCGAUAUAGACAUCUAUGGUGGACAGAAAAUCAGAACUGUUGUCAACUUCGAAACUCCCAACAAACUAGUCAUGGAGCAGAAAGGUGAUAAGCCAGGAAAAGUUAUUCGUGAAUUUACCAACACUGAAAUGGUUUCGACCUAUACCUUCAACGGUGUGACAGGCGUAAGAUAUUAUAAGGCCAUUUAAACGGUUAAGUUCGAUGGUGCAGCAGCAUUUAAGUGAAAAUUGUUAAUCGUAUCUCAUUGGGAGAUUAAAAAAUCCACAAUAAAUUUUUAAUAUAAAGCGUC